AAACCCCCCUCCGACUGAAACUCUCAAAUAUCAUUUCACGCAGAGAGAGCUUCCAGUGCCUUGGCAAUGGCGUCUUCAUCUUUGAUUCGGUUCUUCGUUCUUGCUUUCGUACUCCUCUCUGCUUCUGUCACUGAGAUCUACGCGGAAGAGGCCGAGGCGAAGGAGUAUGUUCUCACUUUGGAUCAUUCCAACUUCUCGGAGGUUGUUGGCAAGCAUGACUUCAUCGUCGUCGAGUUCUACGCCCCGUGGUGCGGGCACUGUAAGAAUCUGGCACCAGAGUAUGAAAAAGCUGCGUCUGUUUUGAGCAGUCAUGACCCUCCAAUUGUUUUAGCUAAAAUUGAUGCAAAUGAAGAGUCAAACAGAGAGCUGGCAGGUCAAUUUGAAAUUAGGGGCUUCCCCACUAUUAAGAUACUCAGAAAUGGGGGUAAAUCAAGUCAAGAUUACAAGGGACCUCGCGAGGCAGAUGGGAUUGUUGACUACUUGAAGACGCAAAGUGGGCCUGCAUCUGCUGAAAUAAAAUCUGCAGAGGAUGCUAGUAAUCUCAUUAAGAAUGUUUUCAUCGUUGGGAUAUUUCCAAAACUUUCUGGUGAGGAGUUUGACAACUACAUCGCUGUAGCUGAGAAGUUGCGUUCUGACUAUGCCUUUGGUCACACUUUGGAUGCUAAGCUGCUUCCCCGUGGAGAAUCAUCUGUAGCUGGCCCAAUCGUCAGGCUUUUCAAGCCAUUUGAUGAACAAUUUGUUGAUUUUAAGGAUUUUGAUGUAGCCAAGUUGGAGAAGUUCAUUGAAGAAUCUAGUAUUCCCCUGGUAACGGUGUUUGAUAAUAAUCCUAUCAAUCAAGCUUAUCUUUCCAAGUUCUUCUCCAGUCCUAAUGAUAAGGCUAUGUUUUUUCUGAAUUUCAGCAGUGAGGUUGCUGAUUCUCUAAAAUCUAAGUACCGUGAUGUUGCUGAACAGUACAAAGGACAGGGAUUAAGUUUCCUAAUGGGAGAUAUUGAAUCCAGUCAAGCUGCCCUAAACUAUUUUGGACUUAAUGAAGAUCAGGUGCCUGUCAUUCUUGUACAAAAAAAUGAUAGGCAUAAGUUUGUGAAAUCCAAUGUGGAGCCUGAUCAGAUUGCUCCAUGGAUGAAGGAAUACAAGAACGGCAAUGUGCCACAAUUCAUAAAAUCCGAACCCAUUCCAGAGAGUAAUGAUGGACCUGUGAAAGUGGUUGUUGCUAAUAGCCUUCAUGAUGUUGUUUACAAGUCUGGAAAAAAUGUUUUGCUGGAAUUUUAUUCUCCUUGGUGCGGGCACUGCAAAAAACUUGCUCCAACUUACGAGGAAGUGGGUGUCUCGUAUGAAAAAGAUCCUGAUGUGAUCAUUGCUAAGUUUGAUGCCGCUGCGAACGACAUCCCAGAGAGUGAUUUCGACAUCCAAGGUUACCCUACAGUGUUCCUGAGGACAGCAAGCGGAAAGCUGGUGGAGUAUAGCGGUGAUAGAUCCAAGGAAGACAUCAUCAAUUUUGUUGAGACGAAUCGUGAUAAAAUUGGCGAGGCAGAUUCCAAAUCCAAGGACUCAAAGGCAGAUUCAGAAGCCAAAGAUGAGCUCUAAAAA